UAUUUUGAUAAAUUGGUUUGGCAGUUUCUACAGGGAAGAAACUGAACCAGAAACAGCGCAUCAUAAAAAGGAGCAUUCAAGAAAUAACUGUAUUUUCUUGCAUUUUGAGCAGCUAUUGCUACAAUGUUAUGGGGUAUAAUUUACCAACACCUUCAGCCUUCCUUCUUUUCUUCUUUCUCUUUCUCCUUCUUAUUAUUCUGCAUCAGAGCAGAACAGGUACUGCUCACGCAGAAACCAGCCUGGAUAUCAGGGCAGCUUGGAGACCAGAUUCAAAUGAAUUGCCAGCAGACCAACACAGAUCACAAUUGGAUGUACUGGUAUCGGCAAACAGUAGCAAAGCAGCAGCUGGAACUGAUUGGUUACAUAGGUAAGGGAGCAUCACAAGCCACUUAUGAAGAUGGAUUUGAAAAACAAAGAUUUGAGAUUCAACAGAAGCAUAGUAAACACUGUUCAUUGCAAAUCAACAAAAUGAGCUCCGAGGAUGCUGCUGUUUAUUUCUGUGCUUCUAGCUUCACAGUGCUAAAAUGUUUCAGGAGCUCCCUGCAAGAACCGUCUCAUGAGUCUUCACAUGGAAGCUUGGAGUCAAAAUUCGCAUCUCUCUCUCUUUCUUCUCUCCUAUGUGUCUGCAGAAGAAAGGACCAUCCAGAGAACACACAUGAAAUCAUCAACACAUACAAAGGGAUAAAAUUCACAAGAGAAGAAGAAGAAAAAGAUAACAACACACUACCUUUCCUGGAUAUCCAUAUCAAUGGAGACAGUGAUGGCAAACUAGAAACACAGGUCUAUCAAAAAACUACCCACACCAACCAAGUGCUUCACAACCAAAAGAAAAAGUUCCUGGUAGUGUACAUGGGUGAUGUUUUCUUUGAGCAACAGGAUUUCAUGCCGUGCAUAAAUUGUCCACUGAACCUUGGCCCUGGAACUCGAGUAUCUGUAUUAGAAAAAGGACACCUUCUCACCCCCCCAACUGUGACUAUAUUUUCUCCAUCCAAGAGAGAACUGAGAAAAAAGCAGAAAGCUACAAUUGUAUGUUUGGCCACUGAUUUCUAUCCAGAUCAUGUCAUUCUUACAUGGUCCCUAAACAACAAUCCUAUAACAGAGGGAAUAAAGACAGAGGAGCCCAAAUAUGAAAAUAAGAAAUAUUCACUGAUCAGCCGUUUAAGAAUCACUAGUAACCAGUGGCAGAAUUCAAAAAACAACUUCAAGUGCAAAGUCGAUUUCUACAAUUCUUCUACAAGCACAAGUUAUGAAGCUUCAAUAACUGGAGAAGAAUGUGAUAGCAACACCCCCACAAAUGAUUCGUAUCUUAGGCAAGCCAAUCUUGGAAAACUGGUGUAUAUUCUUCUCAUUUUCAAGAGUGCCUUGUAUGGGGCAUUUAUAAUGCACUUGAAACUAAGAAAGAAAGUCGUGUGACAGUUGAUGCAAUAGAAGCCUUUUGCCUGGGGACAUCAUGUCUGAGUUGAAUGAAUGCUGGAGAAAAGAAGAAGAAUGAUUCUUGUCUUCAAAUUCUGAAGUAGCAUUAUGAUUCUUUUUAAAAUAAAAAUAAAAAUGUUUCGUUGCUCCCAAUUUUAUCUUACUGUUCUAUAUCUAUUGGAGCCUUCAUAGCAUUUUCAUGUCUCUCUGUGGUUUUUAAAAAUAUUUAACCAUGUUUACUUUGAAGGAAACAUACAUAGAAUUGCAGCUUUACACCGAACAUGAACUUGUCUCUCCAGAAAAUGGACUCCAUCGAAACUCGUUCCCCCCAGACAUGUGCCAUAAGAUUAUAGAGAUGUCACACAAUUUGAUGCAUGCAAAUUCUACUGAAUGUGAUAGGGUUAGAUUGAGAUGCAAAAGAUAGAAGCAUCUUGACCUUUUAAAGUUCUUAUAACUGAGAUCAAUAGGCUUUAAAAUGCUUAAUGUUGACUUUUUCACAUGUCAGUAAAUCUUUAUUUCUUUACCUGUUUUUAGUAAAA